AUGGGUAACUGGACUGCAGCGGUGACUGAGUUUGUUCUGCUGGGGUUUUCCCUGAGCAGGGAGGCGGAGCUGCUGCUCCUGGUGCUCCUGCUGCCCACGUUCCUGCUGACUCUUCUGGGGAACCUGCUCAUCAUCUCCACCGUGCUGUCCUGCUCCCGCCUCCACAACCCCAUGUACUUCUUCUCGUGCAACCUCUCUAUCCUGGACAUCCUCUUUCUAGUCAUCUCUCCAAAAGUGUUGGCCAACUUAGGAUCUAGGGAUAAAACCAUCUCCUUUGCCGGAUGUAUCACCCAGUGCUAUUUCUACUUUUUCUUGGGCACAGUUGAGUUCCUCCUGCUGACGGUCAUGUCCUAUGACCGCUAUGCCGCCAUCUGCUACCCCCUGCGUUACACCACCAUCAUGAGACCUCCUGUUUGCAUUGGGACCGUUGUGUCCUCUUGGGUGGGAGGCUUCCUGUCUGUGCUCUUUCCAACCAUCCUCAUCCAGCUGCCCUUCUGUGGCUCCAAUAUCAUUAACCACCUCUUCUGUGACAGUGGACCCUUGCUGGCCCUGGCCUGUGCAGACACCACUGCCAUCGAGCUGAUGGAUUUUAUGCUUUCUUCCAUGGUCAUCCUCUGCUGCAUAGUCCUCGUGGCCUAUUCCUAUACAUACAUCAUCUUGACAAUAGUGCGCAUUCCUUCUGCAAGUGGAAGGAAGAAGGCCUUUAAUACCUGAGCUUCCCACCUGACCAUAGUCAUCAUUUCUAGUGGCAUCACUGUGUUUAUCUAUGUGACUCCCUCUCAGAAAGAAUAUCUGGAGAUCAACAAGAUCCCUUUGGUUCUGAGCAGUGUGGUGACUCCAUUCCUCAACCCCUUUAUAUAUACUCUGAGGAACGACACAGUGCAGGGAGUCCUCAGGGAUGUGUGGGUCAGGGUUCGAGGAGUUUUAGAAAAGAGGAUGAGGGCAGUGCUGAGAAGCAGAUUGUCUUCCAACAAAGACCACCAAGGAAGGGCUUGCUCUUCUCCACCAUGUAUCUAUUCUGUAAAGCUCCAGGGUUAG